AAAACAACCCGCUGAUCAUAUGAUUUCAGUUUUGUGUUUUCAGCAUAAAUUCAAUGGAUUUAUAAUGAUAUGAAUGCGUUUGUUUAGUAGCGCGUUGUUGGCGUUUGUAUUAUCAUUAUUCCUCAUUAAUGCUAAUUCUCUAAAAACAACGGACAACGGUAAAUUAAUUGAUAAAUAGCGGCCAUAAUGACAUCUAAACCGACUUGUCUGAUUGUAGCCAGUGCUGCAUCUGCAGGAGUUUCAGCCCGAUCGUUCCAGCAGUGUUUUAAUUUGUGCAAUCCAGUGUUUAACUUGCAGACAGCGACACCUGGGGGUAAAUCGAUUGACUUUACCGGUGUGGACGAUAGCACUGGCCGAUGGGUGCAAGAGUUCAGCAUCAAACCCUACGCAAACCCGGCCAAACUGGAGUCUAUCGAUGGAGCCCGCUAUCAGGCGCUGUUGAUUCCCGACUGUCCCGGAGCCAUGAAUGAUCUCGCCCACAGCGGGUCCCUCGCACGAAUCCUCUCCCACUUCAUUUCACAGCAAAAGCCGGUGUGUGCUGUUGGACAGGGCGUAGCGGCUCUCUGCUGUGCUACUGAGGAGCAAAAGUGGAUAUUCAGUAGAUACAGCAUGACUGGGCCUUCUGUGUUUGAGUUGGUUCGCUCUUCUGAAUUUGCCAAUUUGCCGCUGAUUGUGGAGGAUUUUAUCAAAGACAAUGGCGGCUCUUACACAGCCAGCAUCGAGGACGCCGUUCACGUCGUCCUGGACCGCCAUCUUAUCACGGGGCAGAACAUUCAGUCCACAACAGCAGCCGUCAAUAACCUGAUUCUGCUCUGUAACAACAGAUAAACGCUUCAGUGGUUAUGAACAAGGGACCAAAGUUAACAAAGUUAUCACGUUUUGAAUUGAAAGCACACACACACUGACAAACAUGAAAUCAUUCCAUUAUCACUCCAAAUAUAUUACAUCCACAUAUAUUUCUCCAGAGUUCAAAGAAGUGUUACACUUUCGAAUAAGGUUGUAUUAGUUCAUGUUAGUUAGUGAUUUACUAACAAGAACGAUACAUUUAUUAUUCAUUAACAUUCAUAAAGUUGUUCUUGUUAACUUUUAAACAACUCUAGUUGUUUAGCAAGCAUGAAUUUGGACUCUCCGAAUGCAUAAAUCAUGGAGAUAUCAAUUUAAAUUCGGAUGUUUUGUCUGUGUAUAAAAUAUGAAUGUGUGAUCUGAAGUGAGAUUCAUAGAUUUAGACGAGCUUUAUAAAUAAAUAACUGGAUGCCACUGCAGUAAAAAAGCAGUGUUUUUACCUCAAAGUUGAUAAUAAAACAGAAAUAAUUAAAGUGGAAUAUUUCAACUUUGAA